GCAACAGGACUACAGAGGAGGUAUGCUCGUGGGAAACAGGACUACAGAGGAGGUAUGCUCGUACGAAACAGGACUACAGAGGAGGUAUGCUCGUAUGCAACAGGACUACAGAGGAGGUAUGCUCGUAUGCAACAGGACUACAGAGGAGGUAUGCUCGUGGGAAACAGGACUACAGAGGAGGUAUGCUCGUGGGAAACAGGACUACAGAGGAGGUAUGCUUGUGGGAAACAGGACUACAGAGGAGGUAUGCUUGUGGGAAACAGGACUACAGAGGAGGUAUGCUCGUGGGAAACAGGACUACAGAGGAGGUAUGCUCUUACGAAACAGGACUACAGAGGAGGUAUGCUUGUGGGAAACAGGACUACAGAGGAGGUAUGCUCGUGGGAAACAGGACUACAGAGGAGGUAUGCUCGUACGAAACAGGACUACAGAGGAGGUAUGCUCGUACGAAACAGGACUACAGAGGAGGUAUGCUCGUAUGCAACAGGACUACAGAGGAGGUAUGCUCGUACGAAACAGGACUACAGAGGAGGUAUGCUCGUGGGAAACAGGACUACAGAGGAGGUAUGCUCAUAUGCAACAGGACUACAGAGGAGGUAUGCUCGUACGAAACAGGACUGCAGAGGAGUCUUCCAGGGCCCCGUCCCUCACCUCCCCUACUACGCAUGACCUGCGUCCUCCAGCAGGCCCUACCUCCUAGUUUUUACCACUUUGCAAUAAUGCCAUCAAAUUGUGAGUCCCCCAAUGGAAUAAUCCUUUUAUUAGAUCAAAGCCCUCUUGGUUUAACCCCUUGUUGUUCAGACAGAUCUCAAGGAGAGCCUUGAACUCCUGAUUUUUCUUCCUUAGCCUCUGUAGUGCUGGGAUUAUAGAUGUGUGCCACCAGGCACUUCUCAGAAAGAGGGAAUGCUCCAAAAAUUUUUUUUGAAAGAUUGGGACAAAUCAAAAGAACAAAACACAGAGGCCAGCCUGGUGGUACCACCACUGGUCAGGUCUGGGACCGUUUGUUUUUCAAGCAAGUAACAGUAGGGAUGAAUUGUGACCCCUUGAAUAAAACUGGGAGCUGUGACCUGUACUGAUGAUGAAUGGGUGGACAGGUGCUGAUGGAUAAAACUACAAAGUUUCUGGGGGGUAAGGGGCUGGCUAUUAGUAGAAGGGUGAUAAAAAUAGAAAUGCAUUACUUGCACCAACUGAGUGGUGGUUGGUCCAGGAAGGAACUUUUUCACUGUGCCUGAGACUACCGAGUAGAAGUAGCUUACUGAAGAUCUGAGUAUGCAUGCAACCAGGAAUGUCUUCCAGAAAUUCUUACUGACUUGCGGAGGAAAAAAGAAUGAUAUGAUGGGAAAAUCCGGCAGACAAUAAAAGCGCACAUAUGGUAUACAUAAAUUCACACAGGCACACACACAUAAAUAAUAAUUCAUCUUUUAAGAAAUUAUUAGCCAAGCAUAGUGAUGUGCACCUAUAAUCCUAACACUGGUGAGGUUGUGGCAGGCAGAUCUCAGGUUCAAGGCCAGCCUAAACAAAACUAAACAUUACUCUCUUCAUAUAUGAGUCAGGUGUCAUUCUGUGACAUGCUGUCUUCACGGGGACUAAUUGCCCACAGCUAUGUUUCAUCCAUAAGUAAUUAUAUCCUUAGUCCUAGGUGGGUUCCUGGCCACCUGCAUACUAGCUUCUUUCCCAGCCUUCCUUGUAUGUGGGUGUGGCCACGUGUCUGAAUUCUGACCAAUAGAAUGGGAGUGAAAGUGAUUAUGCCAUCCAUAUAGAAGGAAUGUCUGCAUUCUCCCUUCCCUUUCCUUUCCCUCUUCUCCCUGAUCAGAAUGCAAAUGUAAUGACAGGAGCCAGCAUAGCCACCUGGAGGCUCGGAAAAGAAGCCCCACAGCAGAGACAAUACGCCAGCUUUGGACUACCUAUCUUUGUGAGAGAAAAAUUAAAAACUGUUUUUGUUUAAUCACUAGAUAUAGGGGGUGCUUGGCUAUAUUCUAAAUGAUAUUUUAUUUCACUACCGUUAUUCCUCUUUACCAAUACAUAUUUAUGUCUUUAUUUUAAAUUUUAUUUCUAAUAUCCACAUUUUACAACUAUACCGCUAGCAAGUAGGUCAACUAAUUUUUUUUCAAUUAGCUUAUAUGAUCACUUACUUUAGUGUGUUUAAAGUCUGAAGAUUAUUUUUGCUACCACUACAAUUGAAUGAACCUCAGGCUGUCCAUAGAAUUUUGGGGCUACAUUCUUUUCUCCUCAACAUUCUUUCUCCACGGUUCCAUUGUCUUGUGUCAUCUAAAAGUACUGAGAAGUCUGAGGUCAUCCUGUCUUCUUUGCUCAGUAGACUGCCGGCUUUAUCUCUCUGGAUAUUUACAGUAGGCUGCUUCUCUUUUUAUUCCAGUUAUUCAGAGUUUCUCAAAGCCAUUCUUGCCUCUCUGGCAUAUUUACUCAGUCUCCUGAAUAUGUUUUGACUUCCUAAGGGGAAAAAAUCCUGCAACUGCAACCAGCCAGCCACAGCAGGCAGAGAGCAGGCACCAGCAGCUCUCCUAGAAGCAGAAAUGGUUCUUGCAUGCCUGCUGUGGUUUUUCAUGAUGUCAUCCAUUCAUCAUUGUGAGCUGACUGGCUGCCCCCCAGGCCUUGGCCAGCUGCCCAUGGUCAGAAGGGAAGAAACAGAUCCCAGGACAACUGUGCCGAGGGCCCCUGAGCAUGUGCAGACAUGAUGACAUCAGUUCCACCUAGAAAGCCUUGGUGGAAUUCGAAGAAGACUGUAAAAGUUAUAAGAUCUUAUCCAACCUUCCCUUCCUUGAAUGCCUGGGAAAAAUUCAGGGGCCUCUUGCCUGUGGAUGGGGAGCCGAACCCAGGAGUGGGCCUGGGUGUGGAGGAAGGACUUCUGUGCCAGAUGGUUCAUUCUCCAGAGUUCAACCUGUUUCCCAACUCCGUGGUGUUUGAAAGCAACUUUGUCCAGGUCAGAAGGAGCAGGCAUUGGAAAGAAAUCUACAAAGCCUCCAACACGCUGGCUCUUGGGGUGACCUCCUCUGUGCCUUGCCUACCCCUUCCCAACGUCCUCCUCAUGGCCAGAGUCAAAUGGCAUCACGGGCAGAGCCAGACAUGGAACAGACCAUCCACAGCCCCGAGCAUCAUCCUGAAGAGAAUUCUCCCUUUGAAGUUUGUGGAGCUCCAGAUCUGUGACCACCAUGAACGCAUCCUGAGGUUGAGGACAGUCACCGAGAAGAUCUACUUCCUAAAGCUCCACCCUGACCAUCCUGAGACUGUCUUCCUUUUUUGGAUCCGCCUGGUUCAAAUUCUGCAGAAGGGUCUGUCCAUCACCACCAAGGACCCUAGCAUCCUUGUCACUCACUGCCUGGUACCCAAGAGCCUCUGCAACCCAUGUGGGAAGUCUGGGUUAGCGCGGAAGAAACCUAAAGGUCCCCGGCCCAGUGAGAGCCUCAUGCAGCUGAUGGCCCAGGGGGAGAGUGAGGCGCUCUCGCAGAUCUUUGCCGACUUGCAUCAGCAGAAACAGUACAGUUCCAGGAGGAGCAAAGAGAUGCAGAUCAACACGACCAGCUCAGAGAAAACUACUCCCAGUGAAGACAGUAUCCCCUGUACCCGCGAUCUCAGUUGGAGGGAUGCGUUCACUUACGGAGAGUGGGAAAGAGAGAACCCCUCUGGGCCGCAACCCCUCUCGCUCCUCGGCACUCUGGCUGCCUCCAGCAGGCCACGGCUGUCCCUAACUGGAGUAUUUAGUUUCAGGGGACUCUAUCUGGACAGAAGCGAGGAGGAAAUUGCCCCUAGGAGCAAACCUGAGUCACCACAGCACUGAUAGGAGCACCUCCUCCUCGUCAGCCUCUCCAUGCAUCCUCACCACCACCUGAGAAUACAGCAACCUGCAUCCCACGGGCCCGAGCAGGAAGCCUGGGAUGGAUUCUCCAAAAGACGAGCCAGAAGAGCAGUGCAAGGGAAGCAAGCCCAGCGGAGUUGUGGACACGAGCAAACCGGAGAGGACGCAGAGGCUGGCAGGAGGGAGUCAGAGAAGAGAGGCAGAAAGAAAAGUAACAGCACAAGGAAACAGAAGAGACCCGGGAGAAAAGCUGAAGAGAACUAGACAAGAAGCACAUCUCUGAGAGAUGCCCUGCCAAGCGUCUAUUUAUCUAAUUUCAAAGUAAAGCCAUAAACCAA